AUGCAAAACGAAGUUGAAUUCCAACUCCCAGACACUCUCAUCUACAGAUUAGGAGUCAUUCAAGCAUGGUAUUUCACUCAUAACAAUGAAAUCCUUGUCAAAAAACUUGAAAAUAGAACUAUACCAAAUAUAGAAACUGCCUUCCUCAAAGACUGCUAGAACGAUAUCUGUGCCUAUUUUAUCAGUUGCAAACCCAGAAGAGACUUUUAUCAUACUUAAGCAACUAGAGAGGAAUUCCUUAAAGAUUAACUCAACUUCGAUUGCAGAACCUCGAUUCUCUACUUAAACCAAGAACAAUUUAAAUCCUUCAUCCACACUCCAGAUAUUCAUAGAAAUGGAAUUUUGCAAAAAUUUACUAAGCCUGCAUUGCCAAAAGAAAAUGUAAUACAAGUUAUUUGGAGCUAAAAUAUCUUACUCUUGAGUUAAAGAGUCAAUAAUAUCGAAUUAAGUUCUUCUAAAUUUGAUGCUCAAGAAAAAUGCUCGACGUUUAAUAGUUCAGAAUCCUUUUCCAAAGCGUACCCUGUUAAAUCUAAAGUAAUAACAACUUAAAUUUAAAGAAUCAUUAAUUACAUCACCACAAGAAUUAGCGUUCUCACUUAUGAAAAAUUUAGAGUAAAUAGAGCUGUUCUCUAUUGUAAGGUAGACCAUCUCUAAAGAAUUAAUAUUUUAUAUUGCACCUCCUUAAGAUCUAAUGAUGAAUGUCCUUAUCCUAUUCAAUUUGGACAAUUACUCAGACCUGAUAAUGUUAAAAAUGCUAUUACUACUAAUAAAUAAAAACCCAUUAAAUUGAUAAUGGAUGUCUAAUGUUUAUCAUGCCAAUAAUAUUGUUAGACUGAAGAUUUACACCCAAUCAAAUAUUCAAGAUUAAUUACUUCAGGAGAACAUUACAGAAUGGACAUUAAAUCUUAUUCAACAGGUGUUAAAAGAGCAGAUCAUCAAAUUACUGAAGAUAAUCCAGAAAACUAUAUAGCAAACACAACUAAAUUGAUCCCAGAUAUCCUUAAGAAGCUUUUCCCAUCUAUGUCCUACAAUGAAUUCGCAUCAAUUAAAGAAAAUUAAGCCUUCUUAAACAAAGAAUUACUUGUUUGUUUUAAUUGCUAUCUUAAAUUUACAUAAAUUAAAUUGAAAUUUACACAAACAGGUAGAAGACUGACAAUAAAAUAAAAAAAUAGAUCUAUUACUGAUAUGAUUAGAUAAGCAACUCAAGAAGUAUCAUAAAGACAUACUGAAAGAGAUCAUAGAGGUAAUAAAGAACCCUAGAAAAUGAGUUUUUGUUUAACUUAAAGAACAUCUUUACCAACAACUGCCAAACUUAUGACGAUGAAAUCUUCUCGAACUUCAUCUAUUAUGAAAAAUAAUAUCACUUUAAGAAGUACUGCUAGAAAAUCUUCUGUCUGA